UGCUCUUACCGGAGACAUCAGCGUGGCCAGCGUCCUGCUGCAGCUUCGUGACUUCCCUCAGAGACACUGGCGUCAACACACCCGUGGCCACACACCUCCGACUUCCAGCGCUGCAGUGUUGGCCAUGGGUCGCCUGGAUGGAAAAGUGAUUGUGUUGUCAGCCGCCGCACAGGGCAUUGGACGUGCCGCCGCAGUGGCCUUUGCAAGGGAGGGAGCUCAAGUCACUGCAACCGACAUUAAUGCAGAGAAGCUCAAGGAGCUGGAUGGCAUUCCAGGAAUAAAGACCAAAGUGGUGGAUGUGACCAAGAAAGACCAAGUGGAGGCCCUGGCCAAGGAACAUGUCCACGUCGAUGUCCUGUUCAAUGUCGCAGGGUUUGUGCACCACGGCUCCAUCUUGGACUGCGACGAGGCCGACUGGGACUUCACCAUGGACGUCAACAUCCGGAGCAUGUACCUCAUGUGCAAGGCUUUCCUGCCCCAGAUGCUGGCCAGGAAGUCGGGGAACAUCAUCAACAUGGCCUCGGUGGCGUCCAGCAUAAAAGGUGUGGUGAACCGGUGUGUGUACAGCACCUCCAAGGCAGCCGUGAUCGGCCUCACCAAAUCCAUAGCUGCCGAUUUCAUCGAGCACGGCGUUCGCUGCAAUUGCGUUUGUCCCGGCACUGUUGACACACCAUCACUGAGGGGUAGAAUCCAGGCCCAACCUGACCCAGAAAAGGCUUAUAAGGAUUUCAUGGCCAGGCAGAAGACAGGGAGGAUGUGCACAGCUGACGAGGUGGCUCACCUGUGCGUGUACCUGGCCUCCGAUGAGUCGGCCUAUGUGACUGGCACCGAGCACAUCAUGGAUGGAGGAUGGAGGCUUUAAGGAACACGCAGCAAAACUCCGCCCAGUCAUGGCUGCUCUUAUUAAAAUGGACGUAAGGAUCAAUCGACGGUUUGAUUAUUUCCAAAUUCCACUUUGAAUGUGUCAUCUUACAGUAUGUGUCAAAUUACAGAUGAAUGCACUCUUUUGAUCACUGCUGCAGCGACACAAUAACAAUGCAACCAUGCUUUGAAUGAAUGUAAAAAUAACAAUAACAACGUCCCUUGUGGAUCAUUAAAGUGUGUCCAAGUCUAACAAUAAAUCUUUAUUUAAACUGGUA